AGGACCGCAUCGCGCUCUGGGUGGCGACGGAUCACAAUGCUGACAACACGACGGCGGUGCUGCGAGAGUGGCUGAUCGGUGUGCAGAGCCUCUAUCACUACGUGGAGUGGAGACCGCAGGAGGAGCCCAGGUGACAGAGGGGCCCGGCCCAGAAGGGAGCUCUGAUACAGGGGAGGGCUGCUGUGUGUGUGUGUGUGGGCAGAGUGUAACUCUGUGUGAUUCCUCUGUGUGUGUGUGUGGGCAGAGUGUAACUCUGUGUGAUUCCUCUGUGUGUGUGUGUGGGCAGAGUGUAACUCUGUGUGAUUCCUCUGUGUGUGUGUGUGGGCAGAGUGUAACUCUGUGUGAUUCCUCUGUGUGUGUGUGUGGGCAGAGUGUAACUCUGUGUGUGUGUGGGCAGAGUGUAACUCUGUGUGAUUCCUCUGUGUGUGUGUGUGUGUGCAGUGUGCAGCUCUGUGUGUGUGUGUGUGUGUGGGCAGAGUGUAACUCUGUGUGUGUGUGUGGGCAGAGUGUAACUCUGUGUGUGUGUGUGUGUGUGUGUGGGCAGAGUGUAACUCUGUGUGUGUGUGGGCAGUGUGCAGCUCUGUGUGUGUGUGUGUGUGUGUGGGCAGUGUGCAGCUCUGUGUGUGUGUGUGUGUGUGUGUGGGCAGUGUGCAGCUCUGUGUGUGUGUGUGGGCAGUGUGCAGCGCUGUGUGUGUGUGUGUGUGUGUGUGUGUGUGUGUGGGCAGUGUGCAGCUCUGUGUGUGUGUGUAUGCAGUGUGCAGCUCUGUGUCUGUGUGUGUGUGUGUGUGUGUGUGUGGGCAGUGUGCAGCUCUGUGUGUGUGUGCAGUGUGCAGCUCUGUGUGUGUGUGUGUGCAGUGUGCAGCUGUGUGUGUGUGUGUGUGUGUGCAGUGUGCAGCUCUGUGUGUGUGCAGCUCUGUGUGUGUGUGUGUGUGUGUGUGUGCAGUGUGCAGCUCUGUGUGUGUGUGUGUGUGCAGUGUGCAGCUCUGUGUGUGUGUGUGUGGGCAGUGUGCAGCUCUCUGUGUGUGUGUGUGCAGUGUACAGCUCUGUGUGUGUGUGUGUGUGUGUGUGUGUGUGUGUGUGUGUGCAGUGUGCAGCUCUGUGUGUGUGUGUGUGUGUGUGUGUGUGUGUGGGCAGUGUGCAGCUCUCUGUGUGUGUGUGUGUGUGUGUGUGUGUGUGUGUGUGUGUGUGUGUGUGUGUGCAGUGUACAGCUCUGUGUGAUUCCUGUUUCAGAGGGUUUGAGGAUGAGAUGGGUCCCAAGCACUGGACGAACCUUCGCUACGCACACGUGAUGAAACUGCGCCAGGCCGCGCUCACAGCCGCCCGGGAGAUGUGGGCCGACUACAUCCUGUUUCUGGACUGUGACAAUCUGCUCACUAACCGGGACACUCUGUGGAAGCUCAUCGCUGAGAACAGGACGGUGGUGGCUCCCAUGCUGGAGUCCCGCGCAGCGUACUCCAACUUCUGGUGCGGCAUGACAGCGCAGGGGUACUACAGGCGCACUCCAGCCUACAUGCCCAUUCGAAAGAGGGAGCGGAGGGGCUGCUUCGCUGUUCCCAUGGUGCACUCCACCUUCCUCAUCGACCUGCGCAAGGAGGCGUCCCAGGAGCUGGCAUUCCACCCCCCCCACCCCGACUACACCUGGGCCUUCGAUGACAUCAUCGUCUUCGCAUUCUCUGCACGCAUGGCCGAUGUCCAGAUGUUCAUCUGCAACAGGGAGCCCUACGGCUUCUUUCCAGUGCCCCUGCGCGUUCACAGCAGCCUGCUGGACGAGAGUGACAGCUUCAUGCACACGCUGCUGGAGGUGACCGAAAAAGGAUUGUACAACCCCAAGAAGCCUGUUCAUGUGCGCCACACGCCUGUGGAGCCGUCCCGCUUCCUCUCCGUGCCCCCCAAACACCCCGACAAGAUGGGCUUCGAUGAGGUCUUCCUGAUUAAUCUGAAGAGGCGUAAAGACCGCAGAGAGAGGAUGCUGCACACUCUGCAUGAGCAGGAGAUCUCCUGCAAGAUCAUCGCUGCCGUGGACGGGAAAGCUCUCAAUGUCAGUGAGAUUGAAGCCAUGGGUAUUGCCAUGCUGCCAGGUUACCAAGACCCUUACCACGGGCGCCCACUCACAAAGGGGGAGCUCGGCUGCUUCCUGUCCCACUACAACAUCUGGAAGGAGAUUGUGGAGCGCGGUCUGGAGACAUCGUUGGUGUUUGAAGAUGAUCUCCGGUUCGAGGUGUUCUUCAAGAGGAGGCUGCAGAACCUCAUGCAUGAGAUCCAGACCCAGGGGCUGGACUGGGACCUCAUUUACAUCGGUCGCAAGCGGAUGCAGGUGGAACACCCGGAGAGGGCGGUGCCCAAUGUGCACAAUCUGGUGGAGGCGGACUACUCCUAUUGGACGCUGGGCUACGCCAUCUCUCUGCAGGGGGCGCGCAAGCUGCUCGACGCUCAGCCACUCUCCAAGAUGCUGCCCGUCGAUGAGUUCCUGCCAGUCAUGUACAACAAGCACCCAGUGGAGGACUACAUGAAGCACUUUGAGCCGAGGGAUCUGCUGGCGUUCUCCGCGGAGCCCCUGCUGGUGUUCCCCACUCACUACACGGGCGACGCCGGCUACAUCAGCGACACAGAGACCUCCACCAUCUGGGACAACGAGGGGCAGCGGACCGACUGGGACCGCCGGAGAUCUCAGAAGACACACGAGCAGGCGGAGCUAAGCAGCGAGGCCCAGAACUCGGACGUGCUUCAGUCUCCGCUGGACAGCACGGCCCGGGACGAGCUCUGACCAGCGCCCAGGCCAGGCUGACCGGACAGCUCCACACAGACCAGGCUGCCAUCACUCUCACCAGAGCUGGAUGUUUUAAUAAUCGGGAACAUCAACAUUGUUUUAGUUUUUUUUUAAUUUUUUUUUUUACAUUUUCAGUCCUGUAAAUUUUAAAUCAUCUGUAUUUUCCUGCUAUUUAAUUUCUUACCCCUUUCAUGCCUCAUUGGUUACCAUUCUUUCUUGUUUCUGGUUAGAUCAGAAUUGACCAGGCACACUAAUUUAUUUGUAAGGGGCUGCUUCUGAAAAGACUCCUAAAAGAGUGCGGUGGCUUAAAAACACUAGUGGUGUGCAGCUAUCACCUUUGUCCCCUCUCUGUGUGAUUUUUUUGUAUAGUUCAUUUAUUAACUCCACAGUUACACAUUCCCUAGUCAUUUUUAAAACCUCCUCACUCUCAGCUUUAAGAAGCAGGGCUUGUGGUUUCUAAGCCUGGCUGUUCACAAUCUAAACAGCUAUAGAGGAAGAUACAGAACAUACAACAGUAUAUUAAACAGGGGAGGAAUUCAAUAUUGGGAGACCUUUGUCUCGGAUGUCCUCAACUUCUUUCUAGUAGACUCUCUCACCCGUAUUCCGCGAGUCUGAAUUCACCGUGACAGAACAAUGCUGAGGGUGUGGACUGGGUCACUGAACCGCGCUGUCGUUGCAGGAUAAUCACAAUCCUUUAUAUUGUGACUCUGCAGAGUUACGAGACCAUCAGCUGCAGGACGAGCCCCUUCUUCAACACAGGAGCCGACUUCACCCGUCUGCAGACCUACGAGAGGAUGUGUGGAACGAAGAUGUGAUUAAAACAAUCAUUUCAAUAUCAAAAGAUGUUGUUUAACAACCUUAAAAUCGAUCUGAGGGCUUUUUAAAGUGGAAGUGCCUGUGGCCACAUUCUUUUAAUUGCUACUUUUUUUAUUUUUCUAUUUUGUUUUGUGAAUUCAGUGUUAACGACCGCUUACAUGCUACAGUGUGGUACCCCCCUCACUGUUCUGCAAGCGACAGAGAGAGAGAGAAAGAGUGCCUCCAUCCUGACCUGAACACCCCCCGCCUCCCUGCCUGCCUGCCUGCCUGCCUGCCAUUGUCCGGGGCCUCUCUCAAGCACAGACUGACAGUCGUGCUGAAUUGUGUGGAGCACGUCUGUUCUGUGGUGUGGAUUAUGAUCAUGUCCACGCUCUGCUGUGCUGUUUAUGUAUAAAUGAGCUGUUGUAAUGACAAACGGGGGCCAGGACCACACUGCACUGCGAUCCUGCGUUAUAAAGGGAUGCCUUAUAAAGGGGGGGCACUUUUAACAGUUAGAAACUUCUGUUUGUGGAGAGCUACAGCUGUGCCCAAAAGUUUUGCAUUACCAUUUUUUUGUAGUUUCUUUUUUAAACCAGCAAAAAGUGAAAAAUAUUUUGUCACCCUGUUUUUUCUGUUUGUUUGCGGUUGCGGUUUUGGUGCCCUCUAAUGGUAAACUAUGGUACUGUAGGCCGAUGUGAUUGGGGGAUUAUUAGUUUUGUGCUGCAGAAUAACUGUAGAAGCCUGUAGAAAAACAAUAUCUUCCAACCACUGUCAUAGUGUGAUAUCUCUUCAUGUGCGUGAAUCGACUUGAUCAGCUCCCAGGAGGCUGUGCUGGUCUGACUCGCCUGUGUGUCUGUCUGGAUUGAGGACAGUGUGCUGGAGCUGAUCCUGCUGGUUCCUCUGUCCCUCAAGGAGUUAGCCUCUUAAAAAAAACAAACCUGUCCUGUUUAAUACAACUAGAAGAAGUAUAACUAACCCGAUGAGGUCUGUGUAGGUUGUUAAGUCUGUUUUGAACUUCUUAACUGACACUAGAGAGAUUACAGAUCGAACCUGGAAUUAGUCUUUGGUCUCGAGCUCUUCAAUGUAUUUACAUGAUCGACGCAGGAAGAUUUGUUAAAGGGGAGGUGACUUUGGCCACCCAGUCGUCAUUUUUUUUGCCCAGUCCUGAGCUGCUGAUUUAACAGCUUGUUGUAAAUACAUUACACAAGUAGGAAGCCUGUUAAUACUGAGAUGCUUGGUGUAUAGCGCCACCUUGUGUACAAAAUGCAAGAUGCAUGACAUUUUUAAUUUAAUGUGCCUUUAUACCGAAGAAUAAAAUGUUUGAGAAAUGA